AUGGAACUUUCAACAUUGUCAAAUAAAAGUGGUGUAUAUGUACGAAAUACGGCUCAAUUAGCAUUAUGGUGUUGCAAAAUUGAGGAAAUCAUCCUGUACGAUACCCGAAUAGAAAUGCAGCGACGAUGCUCUUACAAAGUACCAGGUUGCCCAGAGUUUAUGGAUCAGUUAGUAGCCUUUGGUUUUGACUAUAAGAGAGUUAAUUUAUGUAUUUUCUCUGAGAAAUCACAGGAGGACUCCAAAACAUCCACCAAUACUAUACCUGAAUGUUUUCUUGACAGUGCAGGGGAAAUACAUCCUUUUAUUACACGAUUUGCCUGA